AUGGACGACUCACCACGAUCCUCUAAGCGGAGAAAGCUCGAUACCCCGAAGCGCAUCGAGUCGAAGGCAGCAGCGAAGGCAUCAACAAGGAAAGCCUCUGGAAGGCUUGCGAAGAAUUCCACCACAGUCACCAAUGGCAGCGCAUCGAAAGUCGAGGAGAAGCCAGCACCUGCACGCAAAGGACGUCCACUCAAGGGGUCAUCUAAUGGCACUUCUGCGAAGUCGACGGUAGUAGAGGCUAUAGACGUAUACGACGACAUUGAGGGCGCAUUGAAUGUUGAGGUAUCAUCACGGCCGUCUCGUCGGCCACAAGCAGCAUCCCGAGAGGAAUCUACGAGCACUGGGCCACCCACAGAUGCCCCAUCAAUCAAACCCAUAGCGAAACGUGGAAAGGGGCGACCUACCAAAGCGGAAACUGCCAGUCGAAAUGCUGCCAAGAAGUUGGCAAAUGGCGACAAGAACGGGGUAGAUGCUGAGGAAGAAGUCAAGACUGCGACAGUGCCAGCCAAACGCGCAAAGCGAACACCCGCUGCACCUACACGCAAGCCAGCAGCAUCUCGAGCGAAUGCGCGAAAGAAGAAGGAGACCAGUGCUGUUUCCGAGGAGGAGAAUGAUACAGAUGAGCUACAGGGAGAAACCAAGGCUGCUACGCCUCCAAAGCCCCGGUCGACACGGAAGCCAGCAGCCAGCACCAGAAAGAAAGCGGCGACAACAGAGACUGAAGAUGAGGAGGCCGUGGCCGUGACCCCGUCUAGAUCUACCAAAAGACGUAAGGCUACCGAGGAGCGAACAACCAUUCCAGAAACCGAGGAUGAACUCGCCAUCGCUUCACCAUCGAGCCUCAGGAAGCCACCUCCGAGCGCAAGACGACGCUUCAACCGCACCGAUCAGAUUAGAAAUGACGACGAAGAGCGUUGGUCGGAUGUAGAAGAGCAGACAAAUGGGCACGAAGAAGAUGAUAUGGAUGUAGAUGGCAACAGCAUCUUGGGCAGUGUGCUAGAUCCCACCGAACCAAGUCCGUUCAAUAAGCCCACGUCUGCACGGAAAGAAAAAGAAAAGGCUGCUCUACCGCUCCUAUACAGUAACCUGGCGCCAGGUCGAGAAUUGGACUUGCUAAAGACCAUCGUUGUCGAACGAAUCACCAACAAGCGUCCCUCGCCCCUGGUUGGCCUGGAUGAAGAGUUCAAAUCAGUACACCAGCUAGUCGAGCACACAAUCACGGCCGGCGAAGGCAAUUCGAUGCUCGUUAUCGGUGCUCGAGGCAGUGGCAAGACAGCGCUUGUGAACAAGGUCCUCUCAGAAGUUUCCAAAGAGAAUGGUGGGCAGUACCAUGUCGUCCGGCUGAAUGGCUUCAUACACACAGAUGAUAAGAUCGCUCUGCGUGAGAUCUGGCGUCAGCUAGGCAAGGAAAUGGACAUUGAAGAAGAUGGAAGUGGGCCAGGGAAGAAUUACGCUGACACCCUAGCCACUCUUCUUGCUCUACUUUCCCAUCCGUCCGAGCAAACAGGCGAAAUCACCGAUGAAGUAGCCAAAGCAGUCAUCUUCGUCAUGGACGAGUUCGAUCUCUUUGCCCAGCAUCCCCGUCAGACAUUGUUGUACAAUCUCUUCGAUAUUGCGCAGUCACGAAAAGCUCCCAUCGCAGUACUGGGACUUACAACGCGUAUCGACGUGACUAACAGUCUCGAGAAGCGCGUCAAGAGUCGUUUCAGCCACCGCUACGUGCAUCUCAAACUUGCAACGACAUUCACCGCUUUUCAAGAAAUUUGCAAAGCCUGUCUGCUCCUGCAGCCGGAGCAACUCAGCGUCCAAGAGCGAGGCAUACUGGAAGGCGGCAUCAAAGACACUACACCCGCCAAAAAGACUAAGCGAAAAGAAGCCACGCCCUCUUCAUUAGCACAAUGGAACACAAACAUAUCCCGCGGCGAGUAA